UUACGUACCAAAAAAACAAGAAGGAAAAAACACACACUGCUUGUUUUGACUAGAGUUAUCUUCCAUGGCAGAGAAAAGCAAAAUCCUUAUCCUCGGACCAACUGGAGCCAUUGGAAGACACAUAGUCUGGGCUAGUGUUAAAGAAGGAAAUCCCACUUAUGCCUUGGUCAGGAAAACCACUGGCCCCGUUAACAAGCCAAAGCUCAUCACAGCCGCUAAUCCUGAAGACAAGGAACAGCUCGUUGAGAGCUUCAAGAAUUCCGGUGUUAUUCUCGUCCAAGGUGAUAUAAAUGAUCAUGAAAGUCUUCUUAAGGCAAUCAAGCAAGUUGAUGUUGUAAUCUGCGCUGCUGGUAGACUAUUAAUAGAUGACCAGGUGAAAAUCAUUGAAGCAAUCAAAGAAGCUGGAAAUGUCAAGAGAUUCUUCCCAUCUGAAUUUGGGCUCGAUGUGGACCGUCACGAUGCAGUUGAGCCAGUUAGACAGGUUUUCGAGGACAAAGCAAGAAUCCGAAGAUUAAUUGAAGCUGCUGGAGUUCCAUACACUUAUCUCUGUUGCCAUGCCUUCACUGGUUACUUCUUACGUAACUUGGCACAGGUAGAUGCCACUGUUCCUCCUCGGGAUAAGGUAGCCAUUCUAGGAGAUGGAAAUGUCAAAGGAGCCUAUGUUACUGAGGCUGAUGUGGGAACUUAUACCAUAAAAGCAGCGAACGACCCUAGAACAUUGAACAAAGCCGUGCAUAUAAGACUCCCUGCCAAUUAUCUGACAGCAAAUGAGGUCGUCUCUUUAUGGGAGAAAAAGAUUGGGAAGAACCUUGAGAAAACUUAUGUUCCAGAGGAACAAAUUCUUAAGAACAUCCAGGAGUCUUCUUUCCCACAAAACUACCUGUGGGCUUUGUACCACUCACAGCAGAUAAGGGGAGAUGCAGUUUAUGAAAUUGACCCUGCAAAAGACGUUGAGGCUUCUGAUCUUUACCCUGAAGUGAAAUACACCACUGCUGACGAAUUCUUGGAUCAGUUUGUCUGAAUUUUAAUAUCUGAGGAAUGCGUUUUUGUCACACAGCAACAUGCUCAAUAAAACCAGUGCCUUUUUUUUCCUUAUUAUUGUUAAUUGGCCCUACAGGCUUUGUAGUUUGUACCACUUCUUUUUGCUUGUUACUUGUGCUUGUGCUGUCCUCAAUAAUCCCUCCACAUUACUGUAAUCUUCUACCAAAAAUAAUAAUAUCGU